CAGUCACGCAGCCUGUGAGUGUAUUGCAAAUGGACAGCCACCUGAGUCGGUCUGACUAGCGCUUGUUGAGUCUUUCUCACUGGAGCGGCAAACAAGAGGAAGGCAUUUCAAGGUGACUGUGGAUCUUGCCAUGGCGUCUCCACGCAACCAAAAACUAGGCCAGCGUUUGGCCUACCGACAUUUUUGCCACUGAUCGUCACGCACCAAGCAUGGGAAACGGAGCUCUCAACGCGCGUGGAGACUUAGCGUGUGGCGGAUGCGCCGUGGCGGAAGCGACGCUGCGGGAGGCGUAAGAAGCAAGCAGGAACGACGGAGAGCUCAAAUCCAGCCUUUUCCCGCCCUCCUCCAGAACAGGGAGCAUGUCGAGCAUCGACAAAACACCAACACCAGCAGCGCCGGCGGUAGCAGCAGCCAUGGCGGCCCGCAUCCGAGUUGCUAUCAUCGGCCUUUCGCCGUCGGCUAAGGGCUCUUGGGCCGAAGAGUCGCACCUGGCCUACCUCCUCUCGCCCCUGGGUCGCUCCCACUACGACGUCGUGGCCCUGCUGAACUCGACCGUCGAGGACGGCGCGGCCACGGUCGAGCGCUUCGGAUUCGACGCGGCCACCGUCAAGACCUACGCCGACCCGGCCGCGCUGGCCGCCGACCCCAACGUCGACCUGGUCGUCUGCUGCACCACGGCGCGCGCCCACGCGGCCGCCGUCGGGCCCUCGCUGCGCGCCGGCAAGGCCGCCUACGUCGAGUGGCCUGUCGCGGGCAGCCUGGCGGCGGCGCUCGAGCUAGCCGACGACGUCGAGUGCGGCCGCAACGCCCUGCCGCCCGUCGGCGCGGGCAUCGAAAGCCCUAGUAGCACCACCGACGGCUACCACCACUAUCACAGCGGCGCCAGCAGCAACAGCAGCAAUGACGGCAACGGGCCGGACCGCCACCACCACCUACACCUCCUUCCCGCGCAGGCGAGAGGCGGGAAGCGGCUCGGGGCCGAGAGCAGCAUGAUAGGCCUGCAGGGCCGCCUGAGCCCCGUGGUGCUCAAGAUCAGCGACCUGCUCGACUCGGGCCGCGUCGGGCGCGUGCUGAGCAGCGACGUGCGCGCCUUCGGGUCCAUGGGCGCGCGCGACUCGGUCCCGCGCUCGCUGGCGCACAGCGCCGACCGCGCCGACGGCCGCAGCCCCAUCACCGAGGUCAUGGCCCAUGUGCUCGACUACGUCCAUGAGGUCCUGGGCGAGUUCGAGCGUGGCACCGUCCGCUGCCGCAUGCAGCUGCAACGGUCCACGAUGCGUCUGCUUGGGAAAGCCGGCGACGGCGGGGAGGGGGUUUCUGCCGAGAUGGAGUCGGACGUGCCGGACCUUGUUGUCCUGCAUGGUCAGCUGGCUGCGGGGCGGCAGCAGCAGAGCGGCGGGUGGUGCUCGUCGCCCGACGGACGGGGCGGCGGCAGCGUCGUGGUCGAGGACGGGGCCACGCUGUCCAUAAUGUACCGGUCCGGCCCGCCCUUCAAGGGCGAGCCGGCCUUCGUGUGGACCAUCAACUGCGAGCGCGGCGAGAUCCUGGUGACGAGCCCCCAGGGGCCCUACCUGCACUCGGACUCGUACGCGGCCGCGGGACUGGACGCGCCCGACGAGCAGGGCCGCAGGUGGCUGCGGCCCGAGACCAUCACGAUCCGGGUGCACGACCAUGUGCGGGACGAGGUCGUAAACGUGCACUGGGACUGGGAGGACUGGCAGAGGCAGCUGCCCGUGCGCGCGCGCAUCGUGGCCCGCCUGUACGAGCGCUUCUGGAGGCGCUGGACACAGUGCCUGAAGGAGGGCGAGGCGGCAGGGCAAGGCGGCGGCGGUGGCGGCCGGGGCAUCAUGUUCGAGGACGACGACUGGCCGCGGAUCGAGGACGGCGUGAGAAGGAUGAGGCAGCUGGACGAGCUCUUCAGGCAGUACGACAAAGCAAGGACCCAGCUAGCUAGCUGAGUUGGAUUAGUGAUGAUUGAUGCAUGUCCUACGAAAAAGGCUAUAAUAACGCGACCAGGCAGCACGCAGCAAGCAGCAAGCAACAGACAGACGGCUUGUCACACCUUUGUAACAAACAGAUAUACCUCCCUAGCUACCGUACCCUCCUUAGGCAGACCCUCAGGCAGACCCUCAAGCAGCCGCAACGGGAAGCGUCCCCUCGGUCGUCCUGAACGCCUCCUCCAUCAGCGACAGGCCCAGCUCCAGCUCCUCCUCGGUGAUGGUGAUGGGCGGCGCGAUCCUGAAGGCGCCGCCGAACGAGGCCAUGGUGGCCAGGUUGGCCGACACGCCCAGCUCGAACAUGCGCGCCGACAGCCUGUCGGCGAGCUCCACGGCCGGCCUUUUCGUGUCGCGCCCGUCCACGAUCUCCACCCCGGCCAUCAGGCCCCUGCCGCGCACGUCGCCGAUGCAAGCAUACCGCGCCCGCAAGGCCCGCAGCGCCUCCUGCAGGCGGACACCGAAGCGGGCCGAACGCUCGACGAGCCCGUCGCGCUGCACGAGCUGCAGCACCUUGAGCCCGACGGCGGCGGGGAGCGGGUCGUUGACGUGGGUGGUGUAGAAGAGGAAGCCCCUGUCCUUGGCGGCCGCGGCGAUGGCGUCGCCGGUCGCGACGGCGCUGAGCGGCAGGCCGUUGCCGAGCGUCUUGCUCAGCGUCAAGAUGUCAGGCACGACGCCGCCGUUGGACGGGUGCUGGAAGGCAAACAUGUCGCCGGCGCGCCCCAGCGCCGUCUGGGCC